UCCGAUGCAGGUCUGUAUGAGUAAGCGGUACGACGGCUCGCAGCGGGCGCUGGAUCUCAAGGGGCUCCGUGUUGACCCAGAUCUGGUGUCGCAGAGCAUCGACGCCGUGCUCAACCAACGCAGCUGCAUGAUGGCGGUGCUGCGCAUCAUCGAGGAGAACAUCCCCGAGCUGCAGUCCCUCAACCUGAGCAGCAACAAACUCUACCGCCUGGACGACCUUUCGGAGCUGGCGCAGAAAGCGGCCGGCCUGAAGAUCCUCGACCUGUCGCGCAACGAGGUGAGGGGCAGCAGGUCACCAACUCUGACCCGUUCUUGCUGUAGAACCAUAGAGUUGCAGUUCAGGAAGUCCUCCAAGGUCCCCAGGUCCAACCCAUCCCCACCGUGGAACCACAGAGUUGAGAUUGAGGAAGUUCUCCAAGGUCACCAGAUGAGACCCAUCCCCACCGUGGAACCAUAGAGUUGAGAUUGGGAAGUCCUCCAAGGC